GUGUUUGAUUUCCUGCUGAUGCUCCGAGCUGACUCCCUGCACCGCCUCGGCCUCUCCAACAAGGAUGGGGCAGUGAGGUUCAGCCCCUACUGCCUGUGUGAUUUUGUAGAGGCAGAGAAAAGGCCUUCUGAGAAGAAGCCCCCUGGCACCCUGUCCCCACCUUCAGGCAGCCCCAGUGUGCCUUCCCAAGGUGCCACUGUCCGGGUGGGACACCUGCCCUACUCCAUGGUCUUUGGGGUCCUCCUGCAGUGCUUGAAGCAGGAGACAGACUGGAAGGUGCUGAAGUUGGUUCUCAACAAAUUACCCGAAUCCCUCCGCUAUAAAGUGCUAUUUUUAACUUCUCCUUGCAACAUAGACCAGCUGGCCUCUGCACUGAGCUACAUG